CGAAAGGUGACGUGCGGCGGGGUUGGGCGCCUCUUUUGUCGCCUGAGCGGAGGGCGCUCCGCCCGCUGCUGCUCCUCCUUGAGAAGGGUUUGCGCUCCAACAGCAGCGGGCCUCCUUGCCACAUAUCCCCGGAGCGUUUACGCCUCGAGACUGGAGGAGGAAGCCGGUCCCUUUUCUUGCACUGCUGGGUACCGUCGCUCGUCUUUAGAAGGUCCCGCUUAUCCUAGUAUCAUUUGUUUUAUCCAGGAUGGCCGCUUGUGGAGGCACCACUAAAAAUAGGCUCACGGUAAAUAAGCACGUCUGGGACUUCCUGACCAAGGAAAGUCCUGCCAAACUGGUCAAGUUGAAAGAGGAUAAUAAAGUCAGUGUCUUGAUUGAUGGUGAGACGUCCGAGAUCUAUGUGCUACAGAUUACCAUGCCUGCCCAUGGACCAAGCAAUGGCCUUUACCUGGCUCGUAAGGCUCUGAAAGCACUGCUCAAGGAAACGGAGAAGGAAUUGAAGAAGGCUCAGCGUCAGAGUGAGCUGAUGGGCUGUAUGGCCUUGAUGGAGAAGAGCCGGGAACACGGAGCUGUAGAGCUCCACCGCCGAGGAGCUGCCUUGAUAUCCCGAGGACAGCAGACCUCCGGGCCAAGAGUAGUAAGUGGCAGUGGAGGGAUGGCCAGCUGCUCAAGGGGAGGGGAGGAGGAACAGGACAGCCAGUGCCCCAUUUGUUUGGGGGAGAUCCAGAACAUUAAGACUUUGGAGAAAUGCAAGCACUCCUUCUGUGAGGACUGCAUCACCCGGGCCUUACAGGUCAAGAAAGCCUGCCCAAUGUGUGGCCGUUUCUAUGGGCAGCUGGUAGGGAACCAGCCAGAGAAUGGACGCAUGCUAGUCUCCAAGGACUCAAGUCUUCUGCUUCCUGGUUACGAGAAAUAUGGCACCAUCAUAAUCCAGUAUGUCUUCCCCCCUGGCAUACAAGGAGUGGAACAUCCCAAUCCUGGUGUCCGCUACCCAGGCACCACCCGUGUGGCUUACUUACCUGACUGCCCCGAAGGCAACAAAGUUCUGGCACUCUUCCGCAAGGCCUUUGAUCAACGGCUCACCUUCACUAUUGGGACCUCCAUGACCACAGGGCGAGCCAACGUCAUCACCUGGAAUGACAUCCAUCACAAAACCAACUGCACUGGGGGACCCCAGCUGUUUGGCUAUCCAGAUCCUACAUAUCUUGCUCGGGUGCAAGAGGAACUACGGGCCAAGGGUAUCACCAAUGACUGAUCUCUGAUGCCACAUGCCCAGGAAUGGCUUCGUGUUAUUCCCGAACUCCGCUCUUGUGGAGGGAGCUCCGUCAUCCGUCAGAGCCAACUAUAUCACAUGAUCUUAAUCCAGAGUACAAAGCUUGAGCUUUGGGGCUGAAAUUGACAUUUUGUAUGUAAUUGAUCGUUUGAGGAACUGGAGAACGAAGACGUGAGGCAUGAGAGUGAAGCAAGAAAGAUGAUGGAAUUUAGGACUCACUCAAAAUAGUUGUGUUAAGUGGGCCGUCAUGCUGAAUGAUUUGCUUUUGGAAAAAGAGAAACAAACAAAAAUGGCCUGUCCCUGCACCGAGUAGCAAACAUAUCAUAGGUACCUCUACUGAGCCUGUCUUUUCAAUGUGCUAGUUUACUUCAUGCAAAGGAGAUUUUUUUUUUCUUCUUUUACUGAGCGAUAAAUAUAUACAUGCCACCACCAAAAUUUAAAAUCUGAAGCUGUAAAGUCCAGAAUUCGCCACCUCAAUCCUUUGGCUCUUGAGGAUAAAAUAGGUGUGAUCAAGUGGUAAGUCCAAGGGUGAUUUCAUUUUUUUCCCCUUU